AUGAUACUCUUGAAUAUCGCCGAGGGGUUUUGGCAGGCCUCCUGCAGCGUGUACCAGCUGUCGGGAAAAACACAGCUUGCCUGUCCCCGCAACUACGAGCCUGUCUGCGGGACCGACAACGUGACCUACCCCAACGAGUGCUCCCUCUGCAGAGAGUUCUUCCGCAACCGAGCCAUUGACAAGAAGCACGAUGGAAGAUGUGUUAAGCUCGACUGUACUGGCUACCUGAGAUCAGGCAGCGGUAGUGCCAUCCCCUGCACCCUGGAGUACAUGCCCAUCUGCGGCACCAACGGCAUCACCUACAGAAACAAGUGUAACUUCUGCACGGCUGUGGCGAACGGACUGGACAUAAACCUGCGCAAUAUGGGAGAAUGCUUCCAGGGAAAUACGGGGAGCAUUGACUGCGGCAACCAGCAGAGUAGCAGCCUCAUCUGCACCUCUGACUACAACCCCCUGUGCGGCUCCGACGGCAGAACUUAUGGAAACAAGUGCCAGUUCUGCAACGCAGUUUUCCGGAGCCGGGGCAGUCUCUUCCUCAGACACCGUGGUGAAUGCACAAAGAUGGAGCUCUACUCUUCACCCUGA